AUGGGUUGUGUUGCCUCAAGGCUACAAGACGAAGAGGAAGUUGUGUCCAUCUGUAGAGAGAGAAAGCGCCAAAUCAAACGAGCCGUUGAGAGAAGGUAUGCUCUCGCAGAUGCACAUUACAAAUAUUUUCAGUCUCUUUACGGAGUCUCGGCGGCCAUAAACCUCUUCGUGGCCCGCCAUUCUCCGCCGCCGCUGUACAUCACAAUCCCAUCGCCGGCGCCGGAGAAAAACUCAGUCGUCUCAAACCCUUUAUUCCUCAAGCAAAACCCAUCUGAGCCAAGCAAAAAGGCCAUACCUUGCGACUCAUGUAGUUCUUCUAGAAGCUCUGCCUCCGAAGAACACAGGCCCCUCGAAAAAAACGAAAAUAGAAAUAAAAAAAACGAUGAAGAAGAAGAAAAUGAAGAAAAAGAGAAGAUUUGUGGGUAUUUCUACAUGGACAUGCCUCGGAGCAACACAAUGGCCUCACCACAGAGGGGUUUCGAGUGGGAUUUUUUUAACCCUUUCGAAAAUGUUGCAAUGGCGGCGCCUGAGAUGAUAAAUGUAUAUAAUAAUAUUAACAAGAAUAUUUCUGAGGAGGAUUUGAGGGCCGUGAGGGAACAAGAAGGGAUACCGGAGCUUGAGGAUGAGAGGGAAUGUGUGGUGGAGAGCAAGAGGAGUGAUGUGGAGAAAGAGAAGGAAAAUGGGGCUAAAGUUGUGGAGAGGGAAGUGAGUGGUGCUAAAACGCACAGGGCUGAGGAAAGGCAAAAGGAGGUUUUGAAUGUGAUCGACACUCCGGUUAGGGGGCGGGAGCUUUUGGAGGCUUUGAAGGACAUUGAAGAUCAUUUUAUGGUAGCUUAUGAUGCUGGAAAGGAAGUUUCCAGAAUGUUGGAGUGUAACAGGGUGCAUUUGCAGUCUAAUAUUGAGGAAAUUAAAGAAAGCUCGACAAAAUUGAUCCAGGCUAUCCCAUGGCGAUCUGCCUCAUCACGCUCAGCUUCGUGCAAGAGCUUAGUCUCCGGUUCGAGAAGCUCGUCAGCAUGGACAGAAUUUAGCAACGAUCUUUUUGAUGAUUAUGGGGGGAUGGCUUCUGGAAGCCAUUCCCUCACUUUGGAAAGGCUCUAUGCUUGGGAAAAGAAACUUUAUCAAGAAGUUAAGGAAGGAGAUGAGAUCAGAAGGAUUUAUGAGAGGAAAUGCAAUCAUCUUUGGAAUCAAGAUGUAAGAGGAGAUGAGGAACUUACAGUCGACAAAUGCCGAGCUGCAGUUAAGGAUCUAUACAGCAGGAUCCUUGUGGCCAUCCGUAGUGCCGAGACGAUAUCAAACAAAAUCGAGAAGCUAAGAGAUGAAGAGCUUGAGCCUCAAAUAAGGGAAUUGCUUCAAGGGUUGACAAGGACUUGGAAGACAAUACUCGAAUCCCACGAGAUUCAGAACAAGAUCAUAUUCGAAGUCAAAACCUUCACUUGCCCUUCCUACCGCAAAUUCUGCAACGAGUCUCACCGUCUCGCCACACUCCAGCUCGAAACCGAGCUCCUCAACUGGCGCUCGUGCUUCAACGAGUAUGUACAGGCCCAAAGGAGAUACAUCGAGGCCCUUUACAGAUGGCUCUCCAAAUUCGUGGGCCCUGAAGUUGAAUACUACUCGAGGGCUGGCCGGGCCCAUUCCCCUCCUCGCCUCUCGGGCGGGCCCCACCUACUCGGUGUUUGCCACGACUGGCUCGAUUUUGUAAGCAAUCUUCCGGAUAGAUCGGCAUCUCUUGCGAUAAGAAGCUGUGCUAAGGAUGUUCGGGCCCUGUGGGCCCAGCAAGGGGAGGAGCAAAUGCAGAAGAGGAAAGUUGACGGCUUGUCCAAAGAGUUGGACCGCAAGAUUUUAGCUUUUCAGAAGGCUGAGAGUAGUACGAUGUUUUUGCAGUUGAGGCUAACUGAUGGGAGUAGUAACGGGCCUGGAGAUGAGGAUCGGGCCGGGUCUUGGCCCAAUUCUAAGGAUACUGUGGAUGAGUUUCGGAUGAAGGUGGAGCUGGAGAAGGAGAAGCAUGUUAAGUGCAUGCAGGAAACUGAGAGGCUCACGCUGAAUGGUUUUCAGUCGGGGUUUUGUAGGGAUACUGUGGAUGAGUUUCGGAUGAAGGUGGAGCUGGAGAAGGAGAAGCAUGUUAAGUGCAUGCAGGAAACUGAGAGGCUCACGCUGAACGGUUUUCAGUCGGGGUUUUGUAGGGUUUUUGAGAGUAUGAGCGAAUUUUCAAGGGCGGUUUUGAAAAUGUAUAACGAGCUGAUUGCCGUUGAGAAUGGUGGGAAGAGUUUUACAGAGAGUGGGCAAGUUGAAAAUGGUGGCAGAUGA